AUGAGCGAGCUCCGGAAGUCCUUCGCCAAGUCCAAAUUGGCCAAGCUGCCCCCGGACGUCCCCAUGUUUGAUCCAACGUUUGAUGAGGCCCGGGACGAGGAGGUAUCUUCAGCCUCUUCAGCCUCGUCUACGGGAACUCUGAUUCCGUCACCGACGCAGCAUCUGUUUGCCCGAAGAAGCCAGGGCUCAUCGCAAUCACUGACAUGGACGGAUUUCUUUUCCCAAGAAUUGUUUCUGUCCCAAGAAAUUGACGAUCUCAACAUCAUUCAUCAUGUAUACGUGACUCCACCGGCCAAUUCAGGCCCGCUCUUUGUUAUGCAUCAUGGUGCCGGUUCAUCCGGUCUGUCGUUCGCAACAUGCGCCCAUGAGAUCCGAAAAAUCCUGCCGAAAGCGGGAUUCUUGUCCAUUGAUGCCAGAGGUCACGGCCGAACGGUUAUGGCCCCAAGUUCCGAAAAGCUAGACCAAAAAAGUCCUUCAACUGCUUCCGCGGCCCAGACUGAGGCUGGUGGUCAGGUUGAGCUCGAUUUGAGUCUCGAGACUCUCAGCCAGGAUCUAGUCUACGUGAUUCGUCAGACGCAGGUCAAAUUGGGAUGGGAGAGCUUACCAGAUAUUGUGCUCGUUGGACACAGUUUGGGAGGCGCAGUCAUCACAGAUGUAGCCAAGAAUGGCGAGCUUGGGCCGAAAAUACUGGCAUAUGCAGUUCUGGAUGUCGUUGAAGGCUCUGCGAUGGAUGCUUUACAGAGUAUGGAGAAAUACUUAUCCACACGGCCUAUGCGUUUCCCCUCACUAGCAUCGGGAAUAGAAUGGCAUACUCGUUCACGCACAAUUCGAAACACAACAUCAGCUCGGGCAUCUGUUCCAUCUCUAUUAUAUGAGGAAAGCGAACCUUCUGACGAGUCUCGCCCUUGGGUGUGGCGCACAAACCUUUCAGCCACAAAGCCGUUUUGGGAAAACUGGUUCAUUGGUCUUAGCCGAAAGUUCCUCGAUGCGCGGGGUGGAAAGCUUUUGCUUUUGGCUGGCACAGAUCGGUUGGAUAAAGAGCUAAUGAUUGGGCAGAUGCAAGGAAAAUAUCAACUUCAGGUCUUCCCCGAAGCAGGUCACUUUGUCCAGGAGGAUCAGCCCACCAAGACAGCGCAGGUACUAGUCGACUUUUACAGGCGUAAUGAUCGCAGUGCAUUGGUGCUACCGCCCAAAGUAGGAGACAUGCAGGCUGCAGCCGCUAUGAAGAAGGGAACCGGUGCAGCUGACAGGAAUAAUCAAUUAAAAUAG